AUGCAUGGAUCUCGACUGUCUGUCACAGGCACCACGUCCUUCAACGGGCACCACGACUUCACGAGCGUGCGGAGUGCCUAUGUCAUGCAGCAGGAUGUGCUGAUUCCCUCCCUAACCGUGCGGGAGACGCUGCAGUACUCCGCCGAUCUGCGCCUCCCCUCGUCUGUGAGCAGGGAGGAGAGGCGGCAGGUGGUUGAGGAGGUUAUCCUGGAGCUGGGGCUGAAAGAGGCUGCCGAUACGAGGAUUGGAAACCAUGCCCACAAAGGCUGCAGCGGAGGGGAGAAGCGGAGGACAAGCAUUGGCGUUCAGUUACUUGCGAAUCCAUCAGUGCUGUUUUUGGACGAGCCUACCACGGGGUUAGAUGCUACGAGUGCUUUUCAGUUGGUGAGAACGCUGAAGAAUCUUGCUGGGAAAGGACGUACCAUCAUAUUGACAAUCCAUCAACCUCGCUCAGAGAUAUGGAGUUUGUUUGACAAUCUUGUGCUGCUUACGAAAGGAACCCCAGCAUUCUCAGGCCCUGCAGAUCAAUGUCUGCCUUAUUUUGCUGCCCUGGGAUAUGAGCUCCCGCCUUUCGUGAACCCAGCGGAGCAUCUGAUAGAUAUCGUGGCCAUCGAUUCUCGGACUCCAGAACUAGAGACGGCUUCUUCCGAGCGAGUAGAGCACAUCAAAGCAGCAUGGAAGGAACGCACGAUCCGCAAUCCAUUCUCAGACUCGACCGAAGAGGCUUCGGCGACCGACCCAAUCAGCAGCUCCAAGAAAUCUGAGGCCUAUCAUUCCGCAGUCCUACGUCAGACACGAGUACUAACAGCUCGAACAUGGAUCGUCACAAUUCGAGAUCCAAUGGGCAUGUUUGGCAGUCUGGUCGAGGCCAUUUCCAUGGCAGUCAUCUCAGGUGUCAUCUUCUACCAGCUCGACGGCAGCUUAUCCGGCAUAAGAUCUCGCCAGGGCGCUUUAUAUAACGCUUCAUCUCUUCAAGGAUAUCUAAUACUGCUAUUUGAAACAUACCGACUCACAGUAGAUAUUGAAGUCUUUGAUCGAGAGAGAGGUGAAGGUGUAGUAGGUGUGCCAGCUUUCUUACUUAGCAGGAGGCUUGCCCGUCUUUUCACGGAAGAUAUUCCUGUUCCUCUUAUUUUUUCAAUCAUUUUCUACUUCAUGACUGGCUUCCGUACGGACGGCUCCCAAUUCAUGACCUUCUUUGCCGUCAUGUUGCUUGAGCAGUACAUUGCUGUCUGUUUUGCCACCGUAUGCAUUGCUAUCUCGCGGCACUUUGCCGGAGCGUCCUUGGUCGCCAAUCUUGCGUAUACCCUCCAGUCGAUGGCUUGCGGUUACUUCAUUCAGUCCAAUACGAUACCCGUUUACGUGCGAUGGACAAAGUGGAUUGCUUAUGUUUUCUACGCGUUUGGAGCCCUCGUAGCCAAUGAGUUCGUCGGCUACUUCUACGACUGUCCCGAGGCCGGCGGCCCUUCAAAUCCUGCUUGUAAGCAGUACACAGGAAACUACAUAAUGAACUCUCUAGGAAUGCCAUCUAAUUGGAUAUGGCGUCCAAUAAUCGCGUUGCUUGGAUUCGCAGUAUUCUUCUAUCUUCUAGCUGCCGUCCUUCUCCGUCUCUUAAAAACCGAGAUGAAGAUCUCACGCGCACGACCAACCGAUUCAGACGAGUCUGCUGGGAAAGAAAAUAUGACUGCAAAAUCUAACGAUGAGGUCAGAACUGUCACUGUUCGACUUGAUGGGUACGCGCUGGAUAUCGAGAAAAGGUCCUGGUAUGGAAAGAAAAUCAAAGAUAUGGCAAUCCUGAAACCAGUCACGGCGGAGUUCCAGCCUGGCGUUCUUAAUGUUAUCAUGGGUCCGUCUGGAAGCGGCAAGACUUCGUUGCUCAAUUCAAUGGCGAAGAGGCUGAAGGACGAUUUUACAACCAAGUAUCAGUUUUUUGGACAUCUCGUCUUCAAUGGAGCCAUACCUUCAGAACAAGUGGUGCAGUCGAUCUGCUCGUUCGUUACGCAAGACGAUGACGCUCUGUUAUCAUCCUUGACUGUUCGAGAGACUCUGAGGUUCGCCGCAAGACUUCGACUGCCAAAAUGGAUGUCGAAAGAGGAGAAGCAUGGAAGGGCGGAGUCCGUUCUCCUGAAGAUGGGCCUCAAAGACUGUGCCGAUAAUCUAAUCGGAAGUGAGCUCAUCAAGGGAAUCAGUGGUGGUGAGAAGAGAAGGGUGACCAUUGCCGUCCAAAUCCUCACCGACCCCCGAGUCCUUCUCCUAGACGAGCCUACUUCCGGCCUCGACGCCUUCACGGCCUCAUCUAUCAUCGACGUCCUCCGCGGUCUCGCAGACGAAGGCCGCACCGUAAUUCUCACCAUCCACCAAUCACGUUCCGAUCUUUUCUCCCACUUCGGCAACGUCCUACUCCUGGCGCGCGGCGGCUCUCCCGUCUACGCAGGCCCUGGCCCCUCGAUGCUCGCCCACUUCGCCGCCCAAGGCUUCUCCUGCCCUCGCACCACCAACCCCGCCGACUUCGCCCUCGAUCUCAUUACGGUUGACCUGCAGCACUCCUCCCGCGAAGCCGCCUCCCGCGCCAAGGUCCGCAAUCUCAUCGAGUCGUGGAGCUCUGAGAAAUUUCCCCGCGCCCCUACCACCUCCAUCUCCACCCCUGCCGAGCUGGGGAGUUUAGCACGUAGCAUGGCCGCCCUCGGCGUCUCCGUGCCCCUUCUGCUCCACCGCGCCACCCUCAACUUUUCCCGCCAGCCCGACCUCAUCCUCGCGCGCAUCAUGCAGGUUGUCGGCCUCGGCCUUGUAGUGGCCCUCUUCUUCGCGCCACUCAAAAACGACUUCUUCGCCGUGCAAAACCGACUCGGCUUCGUCCAGGAAAUCGCACCCAUAUACUUCGUUGGCAUGCUGCAGAACGUCGCUGUCUACCCGCGGGAGAAGGACGUCUUUUACCGCGAGUUCGAGGACCGCGCGUACAGCGUCGAGGCGUUCUUCCUGCAGUACACGAUCGUCGAGGUGCCGUUCGAAAUCGUGUCAAGCCUUAUCUUCGCAGUAUUAGCGGAUCUCGCGUGUGGACUGCCGCGAACGGCGGAGGUGUUUUUCGUCGUUGCGUAUAACUGCUUUUGUAUUGUGAGUUGUGGGGAAAGUUUAGGGAUCUUGUUUAACACGCUUUUUGCGCACACGGGCUUCGCCGUCAACGUCACCUCCGUCUUCCUCUCUGUCGCGCAGAUCAUGAGCGGGAUUAUGUCGCUUGAUAUCCCGGAGUUCCUGCAGGCGUUCAACUAUCUCUCGCCUGUAAAGUAUUUGGUGGGAAAUUUGGUGGGCUACGCAUUCAGGGGCCAGACGUUUACGUGUGAAGAGUGGCAGCGACUACCGGGAGGGGAGUGUCCGUUUACUACGGGCGAACAGGUGCUGAGGGCGUAUAAGUUGGAGAGGGAUACGGGAAUUCAGUUGAUGGCGUUGGGGGUGUGUACGAUUGUUUAUAGGAUUCUCGCAUAUGUGGUGUUGAAGAUGGUGAAGGAGAGGUGGAUUGGGAGGGGGUGGGAGUGGGUGAGGGGAAAGAAGGGGGUUGAGGCGACGGAAGAGGGGGCGGAUGAGUAG